UCCCGCGUCAAUGGAGAACCGCAGUACUACCGAGGUUGCUCUUCCAUUGAUGGAGAACAACCGCCGUUUUAGUCCGGUGACUUGUGUUUUGAAGGUACAUUGUCCAGGUUGUCUUGACGAAGUAAGGGAAACGUUGGACAAAAUGAAAGGAGUAGAUGUCGUCUUCAGCUUCUCAAAAUAUGGAUCUGUUGAAUGGGAAGUAAAAAUUUUAGGUGAUAUAGAUCCACUCACAAUCACAAACACAAUAUUGACAAAAUACAAGAGAACAGUUACGCUUUCGGCCUACGAGGACUCUCGUCGUCCCCAAAAGAAACCAGCUGGG